UUAGUUAUUCCCUUUGGAACGUUCAAUCCAGACGGUUGUGUUGGCAUUUGUACUCGCUUCUUAAUAUCAGCAUUCAACAAGUGGAUUUAAAAGAUUAUUUACAUUAAAAAUGGCUUGCACGAAGUUCUUAACACUUAACAAUGGUGAGAAAAUGCCCGUCAUUGGCAUUGGCACCUGGCAGGCAUCCGAUGAGGAAAUCGAAACCGCAAUUGAUGUCGCCCUCUCGGCGGGCUACAGGCACAUAGACACCGCCCCGGUCUAUGGCAACGAGAAGGCCAUUGGCCGCGUACUUAAACGUUGGUUGGAUGCGGGCAAAGUGAAGCGGGAGGAUCUCUACAUUGUAACCAAACUGCCGCCCAUUGCCAAUCGUCCACAUGAGGUGGAGCCCACAAUCAAGCAGUCGCUGGCCGAUCUGCAGCUGGACUAUGUGGACAUGUAUCUAGUGCAUACGCCUUUCACGCUAUUCAUCAAUCCUGACGGCAGUUUUCAGUUUGAUGAUGAGGGUCGCGUCAAGGUGGACAAGUCCACGGAUCAUGCUGCCGUCUGGGCGGAGAUGGAGAAGCUGGUGGAAAAUGGGCUGGCCAAAUCCAUUGGCGUUUCCAACUUUAGCAAGGAGCAAGUGGCACGUCUGCUAAAGAAUUGCAAAAUACGUCCAGCCACAAAUCAGAUCGAGCAUCAUGUGUACCUGCAGCAACGCGAUCUGGUCGACUUCUGCAAGGCAGAGAAUAUUGCCAUUACGGCGUACUCCCCGCUCGGCUCCAAGGGCAUUGCCAAGUUCAAUGCGGCCGCUGGCGUAGAGCGUGACUUGCCCGAUCUGAUGGACAUACCGGAGGUUAAGCAGAUCGCCGAGGCACACAAGAAGACGCCGGCCCAGGUGCUGCUCCGCUGGAUCAUCGACACGGGCGUUGUGGCCAUACCGAAGAGCACGAAUGAGGCGCGCCUCAAGCAAAACUUGGAUGUCUUCGACUUUCAGCUGAGCACCGAGGAGGUGGCCAAGCUGUGUGCUCUGGACAAGAACAUACGCAUCUGCGAUUUCUCCUUCUUCCGCGGUGUGGAACAGCAUCCGGAGUUUACUUUCAAGAAUCAGUUCACCAAUUAAUUUCAGUACAAACAUUUAGACAUUUUAUAUACAUAUUUGAUACUACAAAUAAUAAAGAAAACAGAAAAGCAA